AUGGAUGAAUUCGCACCAUCUCGACCGUCCUCUUCAGCCUCAAAGUCUACACAUUCCAAUGGCCAAGUCAGUCCUCCCUUGAAGACUGUACCUGGCGAGAACUCGGACCCCUUGCCUGAAGUUCAUUCGGACAACGGCACCGACUGGACGACCAGUUUUUCCGGUAUCGGAAGCGCUGCAUACCCUAGAGAAACCAUCGACAGGCUGCUCAAGCCUUUGAACCCUUCGGAUAUUGAGAUCAAGCCAGAUGGCAUGAUCUACUUGCCCGAAAUCAAGUACCGACGAGUCUUGAAUCAGGCCUUUGGGCCAGGAGGAUGGGGCAUGGUGCCUAGGGGACAGACCAAUGUCAGUGACAAGCUCGUCUCUCGAGAGUGGGCCUUGGUCUGUAUGGGCAGAAUUGCUGCCAUCGCUCGUGGUGAACAACAGCUGUAUGAGGCUAUCGGUGUCCCCACAGCAACCGAGGCUGCCAAAUCUAAUGCUUUAAUGAGAUGUUGCAAGGACCUUGGAAUCGCCUCAGAGUUGUGGGACCCACAGUUCAUUCGAGAUUUCAAGAAACAGUACGCUGUAGAAGUCUUUGCCGAGCAUGUGGUGACUAAGAAGAAGAAGAAGCUGUGGCGAUUGAAACGAGAGCCCAAGCUCGAUUAUCCCUGGAAAGAAUAG